GAAGCCAGUAUUUCAGAAGGCAUUAUAUUGUAGAGAACCAAACUACUACAAACACUCACCUACUGGAAGCUGUGUUGAGUUCUAUCUGCUGAUGUAUGGGGCCAGAGACACUAUGAUCCGUGUCUUGUGCACCUUGCUGUUGGCCUCCGUGGCGGCCGGCUAUGACCAGGACUAUUGCUUCGCGUAUGAAGAGAAUCCCUAUCUCAUGUAUGGGACCAAGACGGCCUACGAGUUCGUUCACGAGAGACCAAGGAAUCCAGACGGUGUCCCCCACUGUCAACCAGUUCAGUUCUGGAUGUUGUCUCGCCAUGGGACACGGUUUCCUGACAGCAAGUCCAUUUAUACCAUGCAGCGUCUACCAGACCUUCGAGAUCAGAUCAUCAACAACCAUGAGAAACGACACAGGGGAAGACUGUGCCCAGAAGACUUGGAAAAUCUGAGAAGAUGGACACUGUCAGUUUUUCCAAGUCAAGCCAAACAUCUCACGAAUCAAGGACAUGAUGAUCUCAAGUUCAUGGCCCGACGCUUUAAAACUCAGUUUCCAAAACUUCUGAACCAGACCUAUAGUCAAGAUUUAUAUGAGUUCCGGUUUACUGACUCCCAGCGAACUAGAGCCAGCGCCAUUGCAUUUUCUGAGGGCCUGUUUGGUAGCAGUGCUGGUGUCUAUUUACCUCCAGCUCUCAAAAACGAUACUCUCAUUAAGGCUUAUGACAACUGUCCAAGAUGGCGUGAUGAAGUGGGAAAUAACAACCGCACAUUGGAAGAGAAGCAUAUGUUCCAGUUGGGACCCCAGAUGCAAGCACUCUUACAGAAUGUGUCAGAGAGACUGGGAUUUGGCUACAGGCUCACCUUUGUACAACUGGAUGAGAUGUAUGAUAUGUGCCGCUUUGACAAGGCAUGGAAUAUAAGGAAUGUAUCACCAUGGUGUGCUGUCUUCUCUAAAGAAGAACUUCAACUUAUGGAGUAUAGGGAGGAUCUUGAAUACUAUUACCGUUCUGGAUAUGGUAAUGAAAUCAAUGUGAAACUAGGAUGUCCCACUGUGAAGGACCUCAUCAAUCGCUUCAGUCGAAUGGAGAAUCAUAACCAUCAAGACAGGAUUCAGCCUGCUGGAAUCUUUUAUUUUACCCAUUCAGCAGCAUUACAUAUGACUCUGGCUCAACUUGGCAUUGCUAAGGAUCAGGACCAUCUGACUCACACUAACUACAACACCAUGAAAAAUCGAAAAUGGAGAACAUCCAAGAUUGGGCCUUUUGCCUCCAAUUUAGCAGCUGUAUUGUUCAGAUGUGAUGAAGGGGAGGAGCACCGUAUAAUAUUCUACCUUGGGGAACAUAUUGUUCCUUAUGAGGGCUGUAAUGUGGGGUUGUGCAGUUGGUCAUACAUCAGGGAUAAAUUUGCUAACAUUGCCCAUGACUGUAACCUGGAUUUCUGUCAUAAGCAUCACAGUGGAACUCAACAAAACCUUGCCCUCUCAUCGCUUACAACUGCUGCUGUUGUAGCUGUCAUAUUCUUCAAGCAAACCUUCAUAUAAAAUUUGGGUCCUUAUUCUCCUUUGUACCUCUUUCAGUAAUGCCACCUGGAGAGACAUAUAAUUUUUCCUGUUGCUUCAAGCACCAGGCUAGAGUGUGAUAAGAGUAAACCUGUUUCAUGUGGGAAAGUACAGUGUACUGAAAAGUCUUCAAUGAAACACAUUUUUUUAACAUUACUUUUAAAAUCCACAAAACCAGUGGUUUUGUCUCUUUGUGUCUGUGAACAUUUUCAUAAAAAUGAAAUUAUGGUGUGUUUAUAGAAAAUGGAUGUUAUGAAUAAGAAACACAUCAUGAAAAUGUAGGUCUUGGUAAAUAUAAAACUAUGACACUUGGUGACACCAUGCAUAAUAUAGUAGAACUUAACACAUCAAUAAUAGUUUCUCUAGGUUCCCAUUUUCUGUUUCAGUGGUGUUCAAAGAAUAUGACUAUGUUAAUAACUAUCAUAA